AUGCGCAAAAUACCAAAGGACAAAAAUGCACCAAGAAAGCCCCCAUCUGCAUUUAUGCUGUUUAUGAGGCAGCAACGGUUACAAUCCGCAGAGUUGGCUUCUUUACCAUUCGGGGAGCGAAAUCGUGUGGUUGGGGCCGAGUGGAGCAAGCUGUCAGCGGAGAAAAAAGCCGAAUUCUUCAAUCAAGCCAAAGUGGAACGGGAAAAAUACAAUCAAUCUCUAGCAGAAUACAAGAAGAGUGAUACCUACAAGAAUUGGCUUGCUUCGGCCGAAAACUUGGGAAAAUCGGCUUCUAAGAAAGGUCGAAGAAGUGGCAAACUUUCUUCAUCCAUUGGGAAUUCGGCUUCCAAUCAGCCUGAUUUCAAGAUUCCUAUUUUCACACAUGAAUUUCUGGAAUAUAACAAACUCAGAGAAACUGUUCUCCGACAGUUGAAGAAACAAGCAAUUCAGCUGGAGGAGGAAACAGCCUUGCUAAGCAAACACGUGGACAAUUUGGUCACCGCAGAAGCUCGGAGCAAGGGCCAAUUACAAUCCAUUCAAGAACAGUAUAACAGCGAAGAACAGCUUCUCAAGCGCCUCCACAAGGAGUUGGUGGCGGCUUUGAGUGAGGUUGCAGUCCCCUUCAGUUCUACCACAGAUCCGAAUACGAAAUGUAUGGAGCACAUCACUGAGACAAGUGUGGAUGCGUUUUUAUCCAGGCUACAAGAUAUACAACAGUCGGGAACAAAUCCGGAAGUAAUCCAACAAGUUGUCACUGCCCUGAACACGGCUGUUGCAAAGAAAACUUUGAAGCUGAUUGUAUAG